AUAGGCAGGCAGAGCGAAUGAUCUCAUCCUUCUAGCAGCUGCAUAGCGGGGCCAGGCAAAGCCGUAACUUUCUAUCAAACUUCCAAGUUGCGCCGCCGCGAGAGGCUUGGGGCCAUCUUGGGUUAAAAAGCCGAGUGGACGCGCCACGUUUGAAGGUAAAAAAAAAUCAAGGAGGAGGAGGAGGGCGCCUGCGUUGUUAAUGUCACGGACUUGUGAGAGCUCAAUUUGAACAAAAGAAAGGGAAAAGGUGCUUCGUGCUGUGUUUGUCCACAAGAAGAAGAAACGGGGGGAAGCAGGAAAGAAGGGCUGUGUUUGGAGUAAAAACAUGCUAAAAGAAGACUUUGUCGCAGUCGGAGGAAGUACUAUGCAGGCUUGAGUGAGGAAGUGGCGGGCUUGCCCCUUCCACUUUUGUUCGUCUGCUGAGAGUCAACCUGCUCAUGAAGUCCUGGAGCAGCAAUCUAUCCCAGAGGCAGUCAUGUCUUCCCGCUGAGUGCCUGUAGUCUUCGGCACUCGUGUCAUGACCAGCCUGAAGCGCCCACCCAUGGAGUGCACCGUCGGAGGCGCUGUCCCUGCCACCGAUGAGUUUUACCCUCGCCACAUUCGCAUGGUCAAUGGCGGCGCUGUUCCCAUCCGCACAGACAAUGUCCACAACUCUGUGAGCACAGGAGUGCCAAAGAUGGGUGUACGGGCGCGUGUGGCCGAUUGGCCACCGAGGAAGGAUUUUUCACGGGCUUUGUGGCACUCCACUACGGAAACUGAAAACAUGGCUGUGCCUGUAAAAAAUCACAUUAAAUUGGGCUCAAUUAUAAGCCCGCAGGACUCGUCAAUGCUGCGAAAUAUCCACAAUACUCUAAAAAAUCGAACGCAGGCCCAGGCUAACAACUACUGCGCUGACACUCGGUAUUUGGCGCCAGGAGACCACAGAGGUCCACCACGCAGAAACCUGCAACAGAGGAGAAUCCGUCAGCGCAGCAACAGUGACAUGACCAUAAGUGAGUUGGAAGCUGGUGGGGAUAGCGGAGAGGACUGGGGUCCACCACUCGCGGCCAAAUGGUCCCCUCUUCACCGUGAAUAUGGCAGCACAUCUUCAAUAGAUCAACAUGGAGCUGCUGGGGAGAGUUUCUUUGAAAUGCUUAAAGGCUACCAAGGGGAAUUAGACCAGCGUAGCCCAGCUCCGGAUCAACUGGAGGACAUGCUGAAUGUUCGGCCCAAGCAGGCCACCCUUGACCUCACUGAGACUGUCACGGAUAGCCAUCCUCAGAAACCUAAGGACAGGGACAAGCCACCAAAGAGACGCACUAAAUCGGAGACUGGCGGCGAGUCUAUUUUUCGGAAGCUUCGUAACGUGCGGGCUGAGUCUGACUCGCCCAGAGCUGGAUCAGAUGUGGAGGACAGUCGAAUGGAGGAGAUGGUGCCGCUGAAGCCAUGGUUCUGUCAGAAAGGCUUUGCCCACUAUGACGUCCAGAGCGCGUUGUUUGACCUCAACGAAGUCAUUCAGUUGCGGCAGACGGCAGGCAAGAGGAAGAACACUACCACGGGCGCCUCAGCUGCUGCCGUUGCCUCGGCUACGUCCACACUCUCAUCCACCCACAGCCUGCCAUACAGCUCCCCAAGUGGCAGCCAAGAGGAUCUCAACUCAAGAGAAAGCCCUGGUCUGGACUCUGGAGAUGAACAGAGUAACGAAAUGCUUCUCAGUUGCCCCUGCUUCCGAAAUGAGAUCGGCGCCGACGGCAAUGGGAGGCACAGACUCGGAGCAAACGGGGCGGGUUAUUAUGGGCUUGUGGGUGGUGUAGUGAGUAGCAGUAGCUCAGGAAACUUGAGCGGGGAAGGAAACAUGUAUGAAACAUCUGUAAGCACACACUGCACCAAUGCGGGUGUGGCGGUGUUGGAGGGUCCAAAGGAGGGGCCUAGCACACUUAGCGAAAAGGCCAAACAGUACAUCGUAGAGCAUGUGGACCUUGGUGCUUACUACUAUCGGAAGUUCUUCUAUUUAAGGGAACACUGGAACUACUUUGGAAUGGAUGAGGUUUUGGGCCCAGUAGCAGUAAGCUUGCGCAGGGAAAAGCUGGAAGAGGACAAGGACCAUGGCCAGCAGUAUAACUACCGCAUCAUCUUCAGAACAAGCGAGCUUACAACACUCCGAGGUUCAAUCCUGGAGGAUGCGGUGCUCUCCACCUCCAAGCAUGGCACAGCACGAGGCCUGCCUAUUAAAGAGGUACUGGAGUACAUUCUCCCAGAGCUGGAUCUGUCUUGCCUCAGACUGGCCCUCAAUACCCCCAAAGUAACGGAGCAGCUGAUGAAACUGGAUGAACAAGGCCUGAGUUUCCAGGUGAAAGUGGGGGUGAUGUACUGCCGUGCUGGCCAGAGCACUGAGGAGGAGAUGUACAACAAUGAGACGGCGGGCCCUGCCUUGGAGGAGUUUCUCCAGCUGCUGGGGGAGAAGGUUCGCCUCAAGGGCUUCACCAAGUACAGAGCCCAGCUGGACACCAAAACGGACUCUACAGGCACACACUCGCUGUACACAUCCUACAAGGACUACGAGCUCAUGUUCCACGUGUCCACUCUGCUGCCUUACACACCUAAUAAUAAGCAACAGUUGCUGAGAAAGCGCCAUAUUGGGAACGACAUCGUGACCAUUGUGUUCCAGGAGCCCGGUGCACACCCUUUCACCCCGAAGGCCAUUCGCUCUCACUUUCAACAUGUUUUCAUUGUUGUAAGGGUGCACAACCCUUGCUCAGACAACACAUGCUACAGUGUGGCUGUUAGCCGCUCCCAGGACGUCCCCCCCUUUGGCCCACCAGUCCCCAAAGGCGUGACGUUCCCCAAAUCUUCUGUCUUCAGGGACUUCCUGUUGGCUAAAGUGAUUAACGCUGAAAACGCAGCCCACAAGUCGGACAAGUUUGGUGCCAUGGCGACGCGCACACGUCAGGAGUACUUGCGGGACCUGGCAGAACGUCACGUCACCAACACUCCUGUUGAGCCCACCGGGAAAUUCCCCUUUAUCUCCCUGGCGCACAAGCGGCGUGAAAAAGUGCGACCGUACAGUGGGGCGGAGCUCCGGAGCCUGGGGGCCGUCACCUGGCAGGUUCACGCUGAAGACCAGGUUGCUGGCGCUGAGCGGGAAUGCUUACUGGCAAUUUCAAACGACUUUGUAAUUUUGCUGGAUCAAGAAGCCAAGGCGGUUGUGUUUAACUGUGCUACGCGGGACGUGAUUGGUUGGUCGACCGGAAGUCCUGCAUCCUUGAAGGUCUUUUACGAGCGAGGCGAAAGCGUGUCACUUCGCUCCAUUAAUAACAACACAGAAGACUUUGGAGAGGUUGUCAAGAGACUAGAGCUCCUGACCAAAGGCAGCCAAACUGCAGAGAUGACCCUGCGCCGUAAUGCCCUUGGCCAGCUGGGCUUUCAUGUCAACUUUGAGGGCAUUGUGGCAGAAGUGGAGCCCUAUGGCUACGCCUGGCAGGCCGGGCUCAGGCAGGGCAGCAGACUGGUGGAGAUCUGCAAGGUUGCCGUAGCGUCGCUGUCUCAUGAGCAGAUGAUUGACCUGCUCCGAACCUCCGUCACCGUCAAAGUAGUCAUCAUUCCUCCACACGAAGACUCUACACCUCGCAGAGGCUGUUCUGAGAUCUAUCACAUGCCGCUGGUGGAUUACAAGAACCACAAGGAGGGGAUGCCCUACGAGUUAAAGUUCCCUUUCCGCCCGGUCACCAACAGCAACACCAAGUGGCCGCGAACCUCCUCCAGCCCUCAAACGCGACCUGCUGGCUCAGGUGGUACGCUCAUCAAGGCUCCUCCACCAGACUUCAGUAACUCUGCCGCCCUUCCUCGCAGUGUGUCCAGCGAUGGCCGACCUAUCAUUCCCAAAAGAUAUUCACCCGGAAAUGAAAACUACGCCCUCGCCUGUUCCAUUGUGAUGGGUCGCACACUUCACAACACAAAUUCCCACGCCAGCCUCCCCUACACUGACAACAUGAGCUCCAACCACUGGAGGCAGAAGUCUAUGCCUGAGGGGUUUAAUAACAACAACUGCCAGUCCCCUGUGUCGUCUGUACGACAGUUGCCAGGUGACGGUGCAAGUGCUGUUAAAAUGGGCUCGAGCACCACUGCUGCUUGGUCCCGAAAUGGGGAGGGUGAGGCAGCAUGCAGACAGGGAGAUAAAACCACUGCAGACACUUUGGUUUCCAAGGUGGUGAUUCCUCGACUCCAGCCACCUGAGCAAAGUGGGCACAUUUCACCUAACAAGAGUGCUAAGGUUGGAAGCGCAAGAUUUCCCAAAAUGUUCAACAAGCAGGACGCUCCAUAUUCCUCCAGCCAGUCGAGCAGCAACACUCUAUCAAGCAACGCCUCGAGCUCCGCCCACAGCGACGAGAAGUGGUACGAAGUGGGCUCACGCUCGGGAGUGCAUGGUGAUCUCGAGCUCAGCGGCUACCUCCAGGGCACGUCCACUGACAGUGGCAUCGACGCCACGUCCUUCACCGCCACCCAGAGCAGCACCGCCUCCUCCGGCGGCGUCUUCAGGGCCAAGGAUGCCAUGCUGUGGCAGGAUGAAGCGGCAGGCAGUCAGGGAGGGGUCGAAUCUUCAUCUCCAACUCCAGACUCUCUCGUUCCUGGUGGAGGAGGUGUGGAGAACCCCUUGAAGAGCCCUUCAGCCUUUCCUGAUGGUGGUUCCUACACCCUGAGCGAUGGCGCGUCCCACGCCAGCAGCACACUGAGUCCCUCAGGGAGUCUAAUGGAGGGCCCAAGCCCUGUCUCCCCCCACGAGGAGCCUUCGACUCCUACAUCACCCACCUGCCAGAAUUCCUCUGGGGCCAAGACCUUCUACCCACGGCAAGGGGCGACAUCCAAGUUCCUGAUUGGCUGGAAAAAACCCGGUGGGACCGUCAACUCUGUGGACUUUGGCAGCACUCGGAAACGGCACCAGAGUGACGGCCUCCUGGUCAGUCAGCCACAGCUCAGAGCCAAUCUUCGAGGCUCCCAGUCGCCCCAGCGGCACACUGCCAAGUCCAGCCUGGAAGAGGACUUGAAGAAGCUUAUCCUACUUGACAGCCCUCCCCCUACGUCCAGUGAAGAGAAGACUUUCCCGCCUCCAACACCCACCCGACGCUCCCUUCAGAGGACAUUGUCAGAUGAGAGUAUCUACAGCAGGCAGAGGGAGUCCAUCUCCAGUGACAAACGUGACACACCCAUCGACCUUCUGUUCAGCUGCUCCACGGUGCCACGCUCCCCCACUGCUCGCAAUAUAGCGAGCCGCAGAACGUCACACAAAUCCCUGGGAAACCUGUCAGCUCCAGAGAGCACUGAGUCAGUGCAAGAGAGGGCCAGGCAGCAGCUGCAGGAUCCUUCCCUCAUGCCCCUGCCUGAUACAAGGACAGAUGGCCCGCUGGACUGGGCUCACUUGGUAGAUGCUGCCAAAGCCUUCGAGGAGCAGAGACUAGUCUAUCUGGCUGCCCAGGAGGAAAGCGCCAAGGCUGAGAGCGCAGCAGGUGUCAGCCCCCAACAGGCUGAGCCUCAGGCGGCCCCACUGAGGCAGCCCUCGCCUGGCGAGACACCAGCCGGUCUCAUGGGGAAAGUUAGCCAGCUGGAGUCCAUGGUGAAGGCUCUACAGGAAGACCUGAAAAAGGAGAAGGAUGCCAAGGCGUCCCUGCAAAUCCAGAUCCAGGGCUUACGUGAGGACAACCAGCGCCUCCUGGAGGAGUCCUACAGCGCUUCAGCCAAGCUCAAGAAGUUCACCGAGUGGGUCUUCAACACCAUCGACAUGAACUGACGAAGCACAGGGAGCACCACUAAAACUCCGUAGCUGUCACGUCAUUUUGUCCUUCAAGGAGGAUCCACACAUGCUCUUAAAAGACUCGUGGACACUUGCUCCUCUGGGUUUACAUCAUUCCAGUGCCAACAUCAUCCAGCGCCUUGUGAAGCUGUCAAGGGAUAGUGAUGGAAUGAAGCAAGCAUGCGCUCCGCAGCCCUUACAACUUGGCAGCUGACUCGUCCCUGCAUGUCGAAGAAGUGAGCCCAUGAAAAGAAUUGCAAAUGUCACAGGGGGGAUUCCUCUGAGGUGGUCAAGUGUGUUGAGGGCUCACAACAUAUGAGCUGACUAGCCCAAAGAGAAUAUAUAAUGCUAGUAUCAUGCUAAUAUUGUAGCAGCCUGACAAAACAGACAGAACAUACUGUAAACAAUGUAAGGUCAUGUGACUGUCCCCCGUGUAAAAGAUUGUACAUGUGUAUCACUGCAAGCUCCAAGUCUACAGUGUAGGACUACAGCUGCUGCAAACACUAUCUUUUGUAAAAAAAAAAAAAAAAAAAAGUCAGAUUGUGGCUGCCAAGAAAAUACUUUUGACUGCUCAGUGUCAUUUAUUCCAGAUUUUGUAAAUAUACAUUUAUUUUUCCUUUGUCCCACCAUUCUCCUUAAGAAGAUAUUUAGAGUAUUUAUGAAUAAGAUGAGCGCUGCCAUACGCAGGCGGGGAUGGAUGACACAUAAUCGGAUGCCUAAAAAUAAUUAUAUUUAAUCUGCAAACUAAAGAAGCCAAAAAGGGAAUAUAUAUUUAUUAUAUUACUGAAAUAUUCAAAUUAUUUUUGGACUUCAAAUCGAUUGAGAUUAGGGUUACAAAAGGGUGGAAAAUUGUAAGAAUUUUACUAUUUAGUUGGACAUGCUGGACUUUUUCUAUGGGACCUGGUGAAAAAUAAUGAGAAUUAACUGGAAUUGUCAUAAGCAGACAUGCAAGUAAUAUAUAAAAAUAUAUAAUUCAUUAUAUAAGUAUAGAUAUAUAUUUAUAAUUUUAGAAUAUUCAUUAAAAGUAAUAGUUUUAUUUACAUUUUUUGUUGUCACUGUGGAUUUUUUUUUAAAAGAGCCCUAAUAUGAUGAUACAAAAUAUACAAUAUAAUAGUGAGGAUUAUAAUGCAAAUUUUUCUAACUAUAAAUAGAUUUUUAUAUAAAUUCACAUACACUCCCGGUCAAAAGUUUUAGAACACUCUAAUUUCUCUGGAGGAAAAACCAAAAUUGUUAAGUGUUGAGAUUGUCUGUCUCUCUUCCAUUGUUAAUUCCAUUUUUGUAGCAACAAAUUACUUUCUCCAGUACAAUGCUGUUCAACUGAUGUUCACGAGCGUUUUGCACCACAGUGUGUUCCGAACACCGUUUUUAUGCAGACGGAGGAGGUAGUAAGUACUCCAGCAGUUGGAACGCCUGUAGGAAUUAGUUGCACCAACUGCCAAGGCUUGAUCAACCUCCAUUCCUGCAGAACAGCUGUUGUUGACCCAUUUUGUGGUCCCUGUAUAAUUCUGAAAGACACAUUAUUUUUCAAUUUUGGGCAACCUUACCUUUUUUUUUUUAACCUCUGGCACUUUACCACUUACCUUUGUACCAUUUCAAGCUAUUCAUUGGACGUGAAGGACUUGAACUUCAAUAAAUAACUGGAACAAUUGGGGUGUUCUCCAACUUUUCACCGGUAGUGUAGGUUCCCAUUGAAAGCUUCCAAACGGUUUGAAACGUUUACAGCCCGAGUUGAAAGUUCCAGUAAGUGUUGACAUGUACAAAUGCUACAUGGAAAGUGACCACAGCAUGCUUGAGAGCCUCCAAUGUGAUCCAUAACGUUUUUUACUUUACAUUGGUACUGUUCAAUAUAUAUGAACCACAUGGUAAAAUAUUGUGAGAGUUUGAGAGUCCAGCCACAGGUGCUUCUAUGUGAUAUUGACCUGAAAACAUCUCUUUAACCCUUUUUCCUUCUUUUUUAAUUUGAUACUCAUCAAACUUUGCACCUUCAUUAUCAAGUAUGAGAUGAUUUUCUUUAUUGUCCAGCUUACAGGAAAAAAAAAACAGCAGGACAACAUAAACCUCGAAGACACCACCGCUUGAACCUUCAACAGGUGUGACAGCAUGUGACUAUCCAUUCACUUGUGAUGUGUACAAAUGUUUAUUAAAGAUAUUUUGUU